GGCGGUUGGACCUGAGGCGCAGACAUCAAACGGAGUUUGGAUUUCAGUUCCUUGUAACAGAGUGGCUGGGCGCGGUACAGUCUGAUAACCUACGACUGGAAUCCUCGAUUUUCAAAUACUGUGCGCUAAGUCGGGUCCCUCAGACGAGCUACCUGCAUCGCUUCACUGUGCAACUUUGAUCGGAGCGAGACGAAUUUUUUCAGAACUUUAAGGAGUUCCAGGACCAUCGAAAGUUUCCCGCGUCGAAGGACCCCGCAACUUUCAAGGUUUCGAGGGACACUCGACUUACCGAAAAUUCUUCAUUGUACCUUCAAUCGUCCUAACAUGGGUCAAAAUCUAUUCACCAUUUUGAUCAUCUUCGGAUUAUCGAUAAACCUACCCGGAAACGAUGCAGCGUCGCGACGAAUCAAAAUCGGCGCAAUCUUCCACGAAGGCGACGAGGAGUACGAGGCUGCGUUUCAAAAGGCGGUGUACGAGGUGGGAUUCGAGCACGCAGCGCCCGCAUUCGAAUUGAAGCCCGUCAUAAAGAAGGUGGCGGUUAACACCGACAGCUUCAGGACCGCCGCAGCGGCUUGCGAGCUCAUCAAGGAAGGUGUGGCAGCAAUCUUCGGCCCUUCCAGUCCCUAUACACACGGCAUCGUAGCGAGCACCGCGGCACGUUUCGAUGUCCCGCACAUCGAUUAUUUCUGGCGACAAAACGAGGAACUGCAGGUCGACCAGGAGGAGAACAAUCGAACGUCGAUGACCGUUAACGUGUUCCCCGAUAGCGAUAUGGUCGGCAAGAUGCUAGCUGAUGUUGUUGGGUCAAUGAAGUGGGGAACAUUCGCAGCUGUUUAUCAAAACAACGGCGGUCUUUCGCGAAUCCAACAAGCUCUGUCACUUAAACGGAACAAGGACACUGUGGUCACGAUAAGGAAGAUCGGCGAUGGGCCAGAUUACCGACCUGUUCUAAAGGAGAUUCGAGCUAUGUCCAUCAGCAACGUGAUCGUCGACGUCGAGCCGAAUAACAUCAUGGACGUGCUCUAUCAGGCGAAAGAAGUCAAACUGCUGGCUGAUUACUGCAAUUUCUUCAUUACGUAUCUGGACUCCACCAAGCUGCCGUUGUCCGAUGUACGGAAUCGCACCAUAGCUAACAUCACGGGGCUCAGCCUGAGAGAGAACGACGUGGACGGAAUUAAUUGGAUGGAAUCAGCUGUCCUCUACGAUUCGGUAUUCUUGUUUUACAACGCACUGGAGACCUUGAAUGCGAGAAACAAGGAUUGCGAGGAACCUGUAACUAUUGACCCAGUAUCGCUCUCUUGUGAAGAUACAGAGAAGUACAACGCAGGUCCCAACAUUACCAACCUUAUGCGCGAGUUAUCGAAGCAGGGUAAAAUGACUGGAUCGAUGGUUUUCGACGACAAUGGACGCCGUAAGGAAUUUAAUGUUCGCAUAAUGGACGUGAGACAAAACGGAAGCGUUCAAAUCGCAUAUUGGGAUGUAGAUGGACUUCAUAAAUUUGGUACCCAAGAGGAUCUCGAUAAGUACUUGUAUAAGUCCAUUGAAGAAAAAAAGUUUGUCGUCUCUACCAAAGUGGGUCCACCGUAUGUAAUGAAAGUUACGGACAGCGCAACUCGAGGCAUUCUGAUCGAUCAAACCCGUUACGAAGGCUUCUGUAUCGAUCUGAUCGAGGAGAUCGCCAAGCUGUUGAAUUUUAAAUACGAAUUUGAAUUAGUACCGGACGGGAACUACGGUGCAUACGUUAAGGAAACGAAGCAGUGGAACGGUCUUAUCAGACGUUUGCUGGAUCGCGACGCUGACCUCGCGAUCUGCGAUCUAACGAUCACCUACGAGCGCGAGAGCGCGGUCGAUUUCACGAUGCCAUUUAUGAACCUAGGUAUCAGCAUUUUAUACGGCAAGCCCGAGGAGAAGGAGCCCGACCUGUUCUCGUUCCUGUCCCCGUUGUCGACCGAUGUCUGGAUUUACAUGGCGACUGCUUUCUUAGCAGUUUCGGUGAUGCUGUUCGCCCAGGCCAGAAUAGCUCCAGGCGAAUGGGACAAUCCGCAUCCGUGCAAUCCCGAUCCGGAGGAAUUGGAAAACAGUUUUAGCUUAAGUAACUCGAUGUGGCUCAUAUGCGGCUCUGUGAUGCAACAGGGGUCCGAUAUACUUCCGAAAGCACCCUCGAUUCGAAUGGUGGCUGGCAUGUGGUGGUUCUUCACCUUGAUCAUGGUUUCUUCGUACACUGCCAACUUGGCUGCCUUCCUUACAGUAGACAAGAUGGAAACUCCUAUCAAAGGUGUCGAAGAUUUGGCGAAGCAAACAAAAAUAAAGUACGGAGCUGUUGAAGGUGGAUCCACGUCUACUUUCUUCAGGGAUUCCAAUUACUCGACGUACCAACGUAUGUUUGCGACGAUGAAUGAGGCAAGACCUAGCGUUUUCACGAAGACCAACGACGAAGGGGUCGAGCGAGUCCUGAAAAAACGUGAUUAUGCGUUCCUUAUGGAAUCCACCACGAUCGAGUACAGAAUGGAACGUAACUGCGAGCUGGACAAGGUCGGAGGACUGAUCGAUAACAAAGGAUACGGGAUCGCUUUGCCGCGAAAUUCUCCGUACAGGACACCAAUAAGUGGCGCAAUAUUAGUGUUGCAAGAGAAAGGAAUCCUGCAGGAUUUGAAAACGAAAUGGUGGGUGAAGCAAGGGGGUGGUUUGUGCGCGUCAGGCGAUGCAGAAGCGACAAGUUCAAGUGAAUUAGGGUUAGCCAACGUUGGAGGCGUAUUCUUGGUCCUUCUCAUCGGAUGCUGUGGGUCGUUUGUCCUCGCCAUUUUCGAAUUCCUUUGGAACGUGCGAAAGGUCGCCGUAGAAGAAAAGGUCACUCCAUGGGAAGCGCUGGUAGCGGAAUUGAAAUUCGCUGUGAACAUUUGGGCGGAGACGAAACCCGUUAAAAUCUCGAAAAGCAGCGGCACGAGUUCGAUGGAAGGCGGCAUCGGUCGGACCGUGUCCACCGCUCGCUCCAUAGUCGGCUCGUUCCUCCGAUUGGACAUGCUCGAUAAAUUCGACAAGGAUAACAAUACCAACGAUCGCAGUAACGAUCGCAAGGUCAAUUAGAAAUUAUUUUCGACGCCGAGAUAUCGGACCGGUGGAUCGAAGAUUUCAUCGAUUCUACACGUUUCUUGCCGCGGAAUCGAGAUUGUUAACACUUUACAGGCCGCGCGGCUUUGUGAAAAACCUUCAUGGAGAGUCGACGUUUUAUCCUGAAUUAAAUUGCUAUUUUACAAAUAAACAAAAUUAUAAUUGAAUUAUAGUUUGCAAAUCAGCGAUCAACUGUCAAGUAAACUUCACAAAUAUUGAAA